GAUAAAAACUUCCUUGUUUAAUAUGAUACGCCUGCCGCAAAAAUGGUAAAAAUACUGAUAUAUAUUCUAUGUGAAAUGUUGUUUUUAGCUGGAGCCAUAGAUUCUUUUAAACUGACCUUAUGCGAAGACUCGGGGAAAGAAUAUGAAAAUGUAAUCUGCCCUCAAAACCAAACAAUAACUUGGAAAUCGAUUGUGUAUGGUGAAUCAUCAUGUCAGGAUAUCAACAACCGAGAUAUAUGUCUUGCAAAUGUAAAUGCAUACUUCAAUGACCAUUGCCUUGGACAAAAUAGUUGUACCCUUCCAACCGACAUUUUGUCUAAGAAUAGCUGCCAAAGACCACCUAGACGUUUGAAAGUACUCUUUGAGUGUAGCAGAGGUUUUUGGUGGCGAGAGAAACACCCUACACAUGUAAAUACAUGUGCAAAUUCGUUAGAAGAGGUGAUGUGUCCUCCAAGAUACCACAUUCAUAUCAGAGAUAUCUGGUCACAGAGGAUCCGGAGUGACUGUGAUAGCAUAGACACUAACUGUUCUACAGAAACUCUUAAAACAUUAUGCAAUGAGAAACGCAGAUGCAUACCUGACACAACUAACAAUUCAUCCCUUUUUCAUCACAGAUUCGCCAACAUUCAGUUUGCCUGUGGCAGACAAACAGAUUAUCUAGCCACAACAAACAUACCAAGCACUUCAUCAGAUAAUGAGCUUGUAACAACUGCUGUCGAUGUUGACGAAAUAACUCCUGACAACACAGACACACCUGGAAAAUAUUCAACGAAUGUUCCUACUGAUGAGUUUGACCAGGUUGAAUCAAAAUCCUCAAAUUUAGGUGUGUAA